AUGGCAGAAUUGCAUAUAUUAGGGCAACUACAGUGUGCGUCAAAUUUUAAGGAUAAUUCUUUAUUUUGUCGAUACUCUUUUCAAGCCGGUCCAAACUGGACAGUAGUUUCAGGGUGCCCUGAGGGGCAGACUGUUACAGGCAAAGUGGAUCACGACAGAACGGUUGUUUGGUCUCAUCCUCUUGAUAUCCACUACGUAACUAAAGGGGUUCAAGGUUGGCCGAAAUUAUUAGUGCAAGUGAGCUGUCUCGAUUCUAUUGGUCGAUCCUGGAUAGUAGGCUAUGGUUGCUGCAGCUUACCCGCAGUGCCAGGGCCUCACACUAUUCAAGUAAACUGCUGGGUGCCAGCAACGACUUCAAUAACUGACAGAAUCCGGCAAUAUUUUCUAGGAGGAUCACACCAACUUAUUCAAAGUGAUAUAGUUAAUUUAGGAUUAAACAGGUUUAAGUUAAAAACCCAAUCAAAAGGGUCAGUUCAGUUGCAAGUGACCUUACUACUUAGGAACUUUAGUCAGUUUGGUGUAGAAUAUAAGUGA